AUGGAUGCAGUCCCGCCGUCGCCGGUUCCUCAACGCAUUGAACGGCGCAGAACCUUCGGCGAGACGCUGUCCCCAUACCCAAGUCCCUGGACUCCCCGAGUGAAAUCUGUGACCAGUGCCUGGCGUCCGCGGGUGCUCAUGAUUCAUGGUUCGAUGCGCAGGGAGACCCAUGCCGCCUUAGAGAAUCGUGUGCGCCAGUUAGAGGCGCGCAUUUCGCAGAUGCGCAGCGAUCAGCCGGAGAGCACUAUAAUGCCUCCGUCCUUCCGGCUGGAUACCAAUUUCAAGCCGCACGGGCGAUCCGCCUCGUUCGACAAGCAGGAGCAGGUCGAGAACAUCUUUCCAAACGACAGCGCGUCGGCACUCGAUAUCCCACAGAUAGAGAUCGUCAGUUAUAGCGGCGCUUCAUCCCCAGCAUUGCUGUGCCCAACACCGUCGAUGCUGUCCGCAGUGUCGGGAGCAUCCAGUCCCAUGACGCCGGGCUGGGAUGAAUGGCUGAUGCCCUCGAAUAUUCCCUUGACGCUGUCGCCUCCCAUAUCUGCAUGCCCAUCGCCGGCCUGUGAUACCGUCUCGUACCUCACUCCAGCAGGCGUAGAGACAUCGUCCAUCUCCCGGCGCUCGUCCAUCUCUUCGCUUGGUUUGGAUCCAGAUGCAAACUUCUCCAGUCUUCAGUUUGUGAGUUUAGCAGAUGAAGAUUUCCCCACCAUGGUGUCAGAGUCAUUCGGCUACGGCGCUGAAGCAUCCCGAUCGAUCGACAGCGCCUUCAAUCCGGCGAGAUCUCUAAUGCUGCCAACCAGGUUUGAGAUGGAUACGCUCUUGGACAUCUUCUGCGAAAGAGCAGGGUCGUUCGGCUACCACGCCGACCACUCCCUGUUCCAGCAUUUCCUGGAUCUCAUUGACACUCCCGAGCUCGAAUUCUGCCCCGGCCAGGCCGGACUCUACUCGGUAGGCAUGGCGAAGUUCCAUGUCUAUAUGUCGAUGGCGAUUGCGAUGCGCAUUAAGACCGACGGUCGCCACACCGAAAGGGAACUGCUGGAAAAUUGCUAUCAGCUGGCUAUGCAGGAAACGAGAUCGUCUCAUUUUUGGGAACAGAGAGGGUCCGUGGAGGGUGCCAUGCUUUUCGCGGUAUUUGCAGGAACAAGCGAGCAGGGCCUCAUGCAGUCAUCAGGGAACGUGUAA